AUGGCUCUUGAAAAGAACCAACAGCAGCAGCCCUCUGUUGAUUUAGCAACAAAGUAUCCUGAAAUAGUUGUGAAAGUAGGAAAAAUAUGUUUUGGUGAAAAAUCAAGGAGAAAGAUAUCAAAAAAGUUAAGACAUGAUCAAAAACACACACUUGCCAGUGCGGUGUGUGCCUUGCUAAACUCUGGAGGAGGCGUGGUAAAAGCAGAAAUUGAAAAUGAAAACUAUAGCUUUGAGAGAGAUGGAAUCGGACUGGAUAUAGAAGAGACUUUUCGGUCACUUCUUCUGUCACCAGACUUGGUAAAAUACCUUGACUUUGAACAGCAAGAUAAUUACCUUUUGAUUUUUAUUAAAACCUGGAGCAGUGAAAAAUCUUCCUUAAACUCUAGCACUGCAAAGCCACGUAUCUGUAGCCUGACUUCUGGAUUGUAUAUAAAAUGUGGUGCUUCUCUGUCCCAUAUGACCCCUACUGAGGCUUUUGGAUUCCUUGAAGAAAAGCAAGCUAAAGCCAGGAGAAGGCUGAGCUCAGGACCAGUUGCUAAAAAAAGGAAGAUACCGGAUGUUGAAGGAAUUAAAUAUACCAUAAACAAUACUGUUGCUGAGUUAUUUAAUAGGGACCAACUGCAGUAUGGAGAGACCUUGAAUUUCACCGAGUCAGAAGAUGUGGAAUUUAAACACUAUUCAACUGAGAAGUUCUUGACUCGUGUUAAAGAGAGUCUACCUCAGUAUAUAUCUGGAUUUGCAAAUGCUAAUGGAGGGUAUUUAUGGAUUGGUGUGGAUGAUGAUAGGAGAGUACAAGGAUUCAGCAGCAGUGAUGAAGACCUUAAAAAUUUAAGCCAAGCAAUCAUUUCUGUUCAAUACAAGUUAACCCUCUUCCAUUUCUGUGAUAAUAAAUUUGAACACAACAUAAUGUAUAAACACAAAAUCCUCAAAGUAUACAAUGAGCUUGGAGAGCACUGUGGAUACGUCUGUGCUGUGAAGAUUGAACCAUUUACUUGUCCCGUAUUUUCAGAAGAUCCAUGUUCAUGGCUUGUGGACAGUGACAGUAUCAAGAGACUGAAAGCGUCUGACUGGGCUGCAUGGAUGACCUCUGCUGAUCCAGAUCUUUCACAGUUUUCUGACACCUUUAAGCUAGAGCUCAGUCUGACAGAAGGGCCGCCGCUUGCCAAACCGGUUUAUUCACAUCAGGGCCUUGAGAGUAUUGAUGAGCUUCAUAAACAACUGUUUCCAGUGAAAUCCAACAGCAUAACAUACACACCAGAAAAACUCAGAGAAGAUCUCCUCCAAGAGUAUCCUGGGUUGGCUAACUUACUAGAAGAACAAUUGAAGGACCUUUCUGAGGGAGUUCUCAUAUUUUCCAGAAGCUGGGCUGUUGAAAUCGGCUUGCCAGACAACCAGUUCGUAAUCUGUGAUGUUCUCCUAAUAGCCAAGGGUAGGCCACCUACCCUCUAUACAGUCUGUGAACCUUCUCAUACUGUGUUUGCCUACUCAAGACGCACAGCCUGGAGGCUGAAGCAGAAAUUAGUCAACACCGGGGGCUAUACCCACAAGCUGUGUGUAAUACCGAAGCUAUUGACUUUGCUUCCAGAAAUUAACUAUGAAAAAGAAUGGGAUCUGGAUAUUCAAGAAAUGUAUCCCCCAAAUUAUGGUGUAAUCAACAGUUACAAUUUGAAUGCCUUGCUGCGUGCUCUUACAGUAGCUUUGCUGAAUUUCCAGUCCUUUUUAAGUGACCGUCUUGGUUCUGAGUUUUUCAACCUCUUGACCAUCAAACAAUACCAGCUACUGUCAGAAAAUCUUCAUAAAACUAAGAAGCUGUAUGUUUAUGGCCUACCAGGCACAGGAAAAACUGUAGUGGCCCUGAAAAUCAUAGAGAAAAUAAGAAAUAUGUUUCUCUGUGAACAAGAAGAGGUUCUUUACAUAUGUGAGAACCAGCCUCUGAGAGAUUUUGUGAAACAGAAAAACAUUUGCCGUGCUGUUACAAGAGUAACAUUUUUGACAAAAAGUUUUGAUAAGGUGAAGCACAUAGUAGUUGAUGAAGCUCAAAAUUUCCAAGGUGGAGAUGGUGACUGGUACAAAAAAGCCCAGGAUCUAACUUCAUCACAACAUCUCUCUCAGCCUGGCAUUCUCUGGAUUUUCUUGGACUACUUACAGACAAGUCACUGCUUCUCAACCGGUCUUCCACCACUACACUGGCAUGAUCCUGUAGAGUCACUAACCAAAGUGGUCCGUAAUGCUAACAGUAUCUACUGCUAUGUAAAAGCAACCAUGGAAGAUAUUGUGGAGAAUUCUAUCUUAGAUAUUCCCAGACAACGUUUAGAAGGGUUAUUAUGUAAAGCCACUUGUGCUCAUGCUGUGCAAGGUUGUGUUAAAAAAGAAAGCAAGCUAGACAGAUAUGAAAUAGCAAAAUAUGUGGUAAAACAUUGUCACAGAUAUCUUCAAAUGGGUUAUGCUGAGAAUGAUAUUGCUAUUCUGUGCUACAGAGAUGAAGAAGUAAGAGCAUACAGUCAAAUACUAAAAUCAGAAAUAAGAAAAUCCAAGUCAAAUAUGUUCUUAAGAAAAAUGGAGGGAGGGCUAGAAAAUGGCACUGUGCUUGACAGCAUCCGUCGUUUCUCUGGCUUAGAGAGAAGCAUUGUUUUUGGUAUUAUUCCUGUUCCUAUGCCCUCCCAGGAAGCAAUUUUCAAAAACAUACUAGUCUGCGUAGCGUCCAGAGCUAAUUUACAGCUACAUUUGCUAUUUGAUCACUGGGUUUAAAAAACCAUCUAGGAUCCCAAGAAGGCCCUUGGAGAGGACAAUGGUUAUACUUUCUGAAGUCUUUCGGCUCCGCGUAAAGUGUAAGGCUUUUCUUUGCAGGCCUUUGCAAUAGCCCACAAAUGCAAACUUAGCUUACCUUGGGAAGCCCCUCCAAUCUGUUUUAAACCAAAGUUACAAAAAGGCGUAGAAAAGAGAUACUUCAAAUGACAGUAGAAUUGCAUCACUCACUGGAGGCUACUUUCAAGGAGUUGCAAAGCCCUAGUCUCAGCCUUUGACUGCACAGGAGUCACAUUGGUAAGUGAAAACCAGUAUGCCAGGACAGGAAAUUAGAAUUCUUUCUGGCUUUUAACAGCUCAUUCCCAUACCCAUAGUAAGCCACCCAAAUAGCUUAGGCAUCCAAUGUUGGAAGUCAUCUUUUUAAAAAAUAGCUUCCCUUCAAGAUACUCAGAAAAGAAAAAGGGGGGGGGGAGAAAAGCUGCUGUCCAAGUUUCAGCUAAGAAAUACAAAUAAAUGGCUUUUACAAAAAUAGCUUGCCACUCUGAACUCCAGAGGUAGUCAGUACAAAUUAGAAAACCCUCAACUGCAAAGAAGAGAAUUAGUGGACAAGGGAAACUUUGCAUAAAUGACUUUAGAAAGCAAUGGCAUUUUCGUCUUAGUUUCAGACAUACUGGCUAGGUAAAAGUACCUGUAAAGAGUUAGGUGCAUAUACUUUUGAAAGAGCCAAAAUUCUUAAAACUGAGCAUCCAAAAUUGUAGGCCAAGUGAAAACAACCCAACAUGGACACUUAGUCUUUAUAUUGUUUUCCUUGCAAUGUAAUAGCUAGAGUGGAUGGAUACUGAUCUGCAUGUGGGGAAUCACUGACAUUCUGGUGAUCCCCGUUAAAACUGUUUUAAUGCACUUGAUUUUUAGAUCAUUGUUGUGUAAAAUUAUAAUUACUAUAUGCUGAUUCCUCCCCUGCCCCGGGAUUAAAAAAAAGGGCCCAUGAUUCUGUAUUGUAUGUAGCAUGUAUAAAGAAUCUAUGCUUGGAUGUAAACAUUUACACAGUAAAUGCCAAUGUGAAAAACUCAUGGA